AUGGCAACUGCGGCGGUGCUCCGUUCCCUUCUCCGCCCUUCGCGUCCGUCGUCACUCUUCUAUCUUCCACGAGUCCUCACUUCUCAUCCCCCUCCCCCACUUCCCUCUCCUUUAACACCUCACCCUCCAACCCUCGCCUCUCUCGACGCGUUCCGCACGCGCGCUUUCUCAACUCGCUCUUUCAAUGACCCCGGUAUUGACUCUCCGGUCCACUCCGAGAUUCUAAAAGCAGUCGCAGACAGCGCCGGUGCCGGCGGCGAAGAUAACUCUGCUUUCCCCAUCCGUGCGGUGAUUUCAAUACUUGAUUCAUACCACGAUCUUACUGGAUUUCCAUGGUGGAUAACUAUAGCUUCGUCUACUUUGGCUCUCAGAAUUGUAAUGCUUUUUCCUCUUGUUUUUACACUUCACAAGCUUAAAAGGAUUGCAGAGUUUGCCCCUAAAUUGCCCCCUCCAUUCCCACCACCUUUCUCAGGAAAGAGUUAUAUGCGUCAGAUGUCAUUCUUUGAGGAGAAGAGAAAAGCAACUGGAUGCCCUUCAUAUGCAUGGCCACUAGUACCAUUUAUGGUUCAGAUUCCCUGCUUUUUCUUGUGGAUGAUUAGCAUAAGGAGGAUGUCACUGGAUGGUCACCCUGGUUUUGAUUGUGGCGGUGCUUUAUGGUUCCAGAAUUUAACUGAAUUCUCUCACGGUUAUUCAGGGUUCACCUUUCCUUUUCUGAUGGCUAGUUUGCACUACAUUAUUGUUCAGGUAUCCUUUAAGAAACCUUUGGUUGAAGAAACAAAGGACAUUUUUGGCUUGUUAUCCACUUACUACAAGCGAUACUUGAACUUUCUAACGGUGCCUAUAGCUUUCAUUGGAUUUUGUAUUCCUCAGGGAAGCCAACUCUAUUGGAUUACCAAUAGUUCAUUAACACUUGUUCAGCACUUUGCUCUUAGAAAUCCUACUAUCCUUGCAAAAUUGGGGUUACUUGACAAGGAUCGUCAAAAAGCAGCUUCUGAGGAAAUUGGUGCUUCUGAAACGCCCCGUUUACAAGACAAUAGUACAAUAGCAGCUACCAAGGAAAAUGUUUCUCCUGUAAAGAACCCUCUGGAUUCACCUGAAAAGUGGCAGAAAAUACCUAUAGAGAAUAUGUCCCCUGUAGAACUAACCACUCUUGCAGUCCCAUUUCUAUCCAGUAAUGAUAAAGAAAGUGCUAUACCUUUACUAAAACUAGCCCUUGAUAAGGACCCUGAAUACUUGCGAGCUUUAGUUUUAAUGGGACGGGUUCUCUUGCUGAAGCAAAUAAAUGAUGAAGCUGUUGAAUACUUUGAGCGUGCAAUAUCAAAGCUUUCACUGGCUGGCCUCCCAACUGAUCCAGAAGAGGUUGAUUUUUUGAUUCUUUCUUCUCAAUGGGCUGGAAUUGCCUGUGAACGACAGGGAAAGAAGGAUGAAGGACGUGUACACUUUGAAAGAGUCGCAAAUAUGGACGAGCCCGAAGAUCCUACUAGCAAAGGCUAUUAUUUUGAUGGGUUGCUGCUGCUUGCCAGCACUUUAUAUGAUGCUGGUCAAAAGGCUGAAGCUGCAAAAUAUCUGCGUCUUGUUGUUGCAUAUAAUCCUGGUUAUAGGAAAUUCUUGGAACAAUGUGAGCAACAUGAAGAUUUAGCAAGUGAUCUAGCACGUAGUAGGAGAGAAUUCUGA